AUGCUCCUAAUUUUCGGCGUUCUGCUCUUGGCGUCGUCUGUGCUCAGUAAGAAGGACAACGUCGACAGUAUCUAUAGAGCGAUUAAGGAUAUCAUUGGAUUUAACCGAAACGAAGUCAUGAAACUGAAAGAAUACAUGGAUCCAAAAAAAGAGGCUCAUGGCAAAUUUGGAGAAAAAGUGCACAAUUGGGCAAAAGCUAUGAUAACUUUACCAAGCCAUGCGCAACAUUUCAUUUUGGCGCUUUUGCGGAGCGCAUGGUUACCCGGAGCAAAGAUGGAUGGCAUCUUCCACAGCUAUAAUGAGAUCGAAUCUUUUUUCCGAGGCGUAAUGUCAAAGAAGUCAUGUUCUAAAUUGUUGAAAACCUUUCCCGGGAUAGCAAAAUAUAGUUAG